AUGGAAUAUAGGUGUUAAAAUCCAUUCUUUAAAUUAUAAUAAUUGCUUAAUUUCAGCCAAAUAGAAUUAAUUUACACCUUAAAAUAUGAAAACAAAAAUGCUGAAAAAAAACUUCAAGCAGGCAAAUUGGAUUUAUUAAUAUGGUAGUUAAGACCAAUGAUCUAAUAAUCAUUUAUACGAUUUAAAGAUAUCAUCACCAUUGCUGUAACUUAUUGGGAUAAAUAGAAGAACCAGAAUACGGAAAAAGAAUUAGUUAAGGAUAUAAUGUAAAGUUUUUGAUACUUGUAUCAAAAGAAACAAAUGGAAAAGAAUUAUGUUAAAGAUUGAAGGAAUUCUUGAUAAAUGCAAUUACCAAUUAAAAAUUUGUUCAAUACUGUUUAUCAAAAUUACAUUUCUUCCAAUAUUUAAUAUGGUAAAAAGAUCGCUUUAAGCUUUGUUACAAUAUCUCAAGCGAGAUUAUAAUCUCAUUUAAUUGUUGUUUUAUAAGAUGAUGUUACUGAGUAACUAAAUGAGGCUAUGGGGCAAGUUCUUGUUAAUUCUUAUAAUAUUUUUUAAAUUGCUUAAAGAAAACUAUAAUGUUAAAUUUGAUAAAAUUGUAAAGGUAAUAAGAACCUUUUUUACAAAUUUUCGGAAACUGACCCAACUAUUCCAGAAGUUAUGCAUUAAUUAACAUUAGCUAUUAAAGAGGAUGCAGAUGAAACAAUCUUAAAAUUUCAAAAGAUAAAAACAAUCGAUUUAAUAAUUUAUUGUGAAAUAAAAUUAUAUUGUAUUUUAGUAUUUACAAUCAAUUUAUGAUAUCACACUUAGUAAAUAUUCAAAAUUAAAGGAUGAAAAAUUAUGUUAUUUAUUUGAUGCCUAAUUAAAAUAAGUAGUAAUUUGUUAAAUGGUCUCAUUCUUCUUGCUUACCAAAUGA